CUCGGUGGGUCGGGCCGGGCGGUCAGUGUCUUGCGGCUGCAGGUUGGAUGAGGCUGGCGCGACUCAUGAAGGUGUUCGUCACCCGCAGGAUCCCCCCCGAGGGCAGGGCAGCGCUUGCCCAGGCGGCAGACUGCGAGGUGGAGGAGUGGGAUUCAGAUGAGCCCAUCCCCAGCAAGGAACUGGAGCGUCGUGUGGUGGGGGCCCAUGGCCUGCUCUGCCUCCUCUCUGAUCGCGUGGACAAGGGUCUCCUGGAUGCUGCAGGGGCCAACCUCAAAGUCAUCAGCACACUGUCCGUGGGUGUCGACCACUUGGCUUUGGAUGAAAUCAAAAAGCGUGGGAUCCGGGUGGGCUACACCCCAGAUGUCCUGACAGAUGCCACUGCAGAACUUGCCGUCUCUCUGCUACUCACCACCUGUCGCCGCUUGCCAGAGGCCAUGGAGGAAGUAAAGAAUGGCGGCUGGACCUCGUGGAAGCCCCUGUGGAUGUGUGGCUAUGGACUCACGCAGAGCACUGUGGGCAUUGUGGGACUGGGGCGCAUAGGUCAGGCUAUUGCACGGCGACUGAAUCCAUUUGGUGUCCAGAGAUUUCUCUACACAGGGCGCCAACCCAAGCCUCAGGAAGCAGCAGAAUUCCAGGCCGAGUUUGUGCCCAUCGACCAGCUGGCUGCGGAGUCUGACUUCAUCGUUGUGGCCUGCUCCUUAACACCUGCAACUAAGGGGCUCUGCAACAGGGACUUCUUCCAGAAGAUGAAGAAAACAGCCGUGUUUGUCAACAUCAGCAGGGGAGACGUUGUAAACCAGGAUGACCUGUACCAGGCCUUGGCCAGUGGUCAGAUUGCAGCUGCUGGACUGGAUGUGACAACCCCAGAACCACUGCCUACAAACCACCCGCUCCUGACCCUGAAGAACUGUGUCAUCCUGCCCCACAUAGGCAGUGCCACCUACAGAACUCGCAACACCAUGUCCUUGUUGGCGGCUAACAACUUGCUGGCUGGCCUGAGAGGGCAGCCUAUGCCCAGUGAACUCAAGCUGUAGCCAGACAGGAGACCUUGCGGCUGAAGCCACAGUGCUCUGCGGUUCCAGCUGACACACCCAGCUGGCUUUGGACCCACAGCAAGUGCCACAGGGAAGCCUCAUCUGUACUGAUCCUGCCAGGGCAGCUUGGUGCUGAUAGAUGUGCUUGCCUCUCGUGGUUUGGUACACCUGAGCCAAAAGCGUGUAAUUCUAUUAUUAAAUAAUUUUUCUGAGA